UAUUUCUCAUUUUCCCAUGACUUUUCGUUUUGUCUUGCUUGAAAAACCCUAAUUUCCGCUAUGUUUUGCUGCGCACAACAACAUCACUCCUCACCUGACCAACUUCUCCACCGGCCACCAUAAAAAACCUUAGUUGUACUGUACAAUUUGAAUUUUCCGGUUCACUGUAGGAGUUUGAUUCCCGUAAAGAAAACAUCGAAAUGCUGCUUUCGGUGUUUUUGACGAUGUUUCUGCCGUGCGUGGGGAUAAGCGCGGUGUUCAUAGUUUACGUAUGUCUGUUAUGGUACGCUACGAACGACCCGGCCGGCGACAUUGGCCUGCCUGUCAAGCAGGUUUCCGAGAAGGGGUUGUCGGCGUCAGAACUCGACAAGUUGCCUAAAAUAACGGGGAAAGAGGUGAUGGCGGAGAGGAGGGAAUGUGCGGUGUGUUUGGACGAUAUCGACGGAGAGCAACCGGCGCGGGUGGUUCCCGGCUGUAACCACGCCUUCCAUCUGCUGUGCGCCGAUACCUGGCUUUCGAAGCACUCGUUUUGCCCGGUUUGUCGAGCAAAAAUUCACCCGGUUGAUCAGUCUCUCGAUGUUUCUGAGAAUCCGUGCUGAUUACGAAACAAAAGAAAAGUAAAAGCUAGCUGUAGUUUCAUUUUGCUACUCUAUUGACAGAAAUUUUGUUAUUAAUUAGCCACUAGAUUGUUAUUGUUUAUUGUCAAAUUUAUUAUUUUCUGAGCUGUAUCAAUCUACGUAUAUAUAAUUUCCAUUUUUUA